GCCCCUCUCUCCUCCUUUCUUCUCACUCCACUCGACCUCGUGCUGUUCCACUCCGAUCCAAGCAUCCAUCCUCGCAGCCAGCAAUGGCUGCUCUCGGCCCCUCGACCCCAACACAGCAUGAUCAGCGCAACGACGUCGUAGUAGACGAGGAGACGCCCCUCCUCUCCCCACCAACAGCAACGGCCCUCCGACGAAGACGAAGCAGUGCACGCCGCGCCACCUUUGUCGACUGGGGUAAGCGUCCGCAACUCUUGCUACGCGGCCUCAUCGGUCUACUCGCCCUCCUCUUCGUCGCCUUGUUGGUCCUCGUCUUCUCGUAUCGAGGUAAUGCAGAGGACUCCCGUCCCCCCUCGAAGCCUCCCCUUCCCCCGCUCGAUGAUCGCGGUCGGCUCAACCCGCCCAACCUACUCGAGGGCAAGCACGGAGCUGUAGCCGCAGAGAAUAGACAAUGCUCAGAAAUUGGCACAGCUUUGCUUCAAAAAGGCGGUUCAGCAGCUGAUGCAGCUGUAGGGGCGACCCUCUGCGUCGGUGUAUUGAACAUGUUCUCAAGCGGCAUUGGAGGGGGCGGCUUCGCCCUCAUUCGCGCGCCUGCUCCAGAGGAGAAUCCGUCUCAAGCAGGCACGGAGCAUGUGGUAAUAGAUUUCAGAGAACAAGCUCCGGCUGCGGCAUUCGAGGAAAUGUUCCAUGGUGCUACCGAGAAGGCCAAGUUUGGCGGCUUGGCCGUGGGAGUACCUGGGGAGCUCAAAGGGUUGGAGGAGAUUUGGAGACGUUGGGGAAAGCUGGAGUGGGAGGAUCUUCUGCAACCCAGCAUCCAGUUGGCUAAAGAGGCAAAGGUCGGGAAGGAGUUGGCGAGGAGACUGGGCUACUUUGGCGGCUUCAUGCCUGAGAAGAAGGAGUGGGCCGACAUUUUCCUGGAUGCAGAGACGGGCGGGUUCCUCAAGGAGGGGGAUACGAUCAGGCGACCGGCGUACGCGAGGACAUUGGAAGCUAUUGCGCAACACGGAGCGCAGGCCUUCUACGAGGGGGAGAUGGCGGAGGCGAUGGUGAAGAAAGUGCAGGCUGCGGGAGGGAUCCUGACCACGGAGGAUCUGCAGGACUAUCGCAUCGAGGUCAGGAAGGCAAUUAAUGGGACAUGGCUGGACGGGCGUAGGGUUUGGACAAGCCCGGCACCUACUAGCGGGCCCGUCUUACUCGGGAUGAUGAACCUGCUCCGUCGUCUGGGCAUCGAGGAAGAGCGACACCACGAGCAACACGGCUCACAAGGUGACAAGGACGCCGCUCGCCGCGCUCUUUGGGCCCACAGGCUGGUCGAAGUCUUCAAGCACGGCUAUGCAGCCCGCACCCGUCUUGGCGACCCUGCCUAUCUCAACCAGUCAGCUCUGGCCGAGAUCGCCCAGAUCCCAACACAGCGCCGCGCCUAUCAGCUGGCAAAGAAGGUCGAUGACACCCGUACUUUCCCCAUCGAUCACUACGCUCCCCUCUUUGACGUUCCGGAGGAUCAUGGAACAACGCACAUCUCGGCAGUCGAUUCGAGUGGUAUGGCUGUGGGGAUCACGAGCACAGUCAAUCUCAUCUUUGGCUCGCAGGUGAUGGACCCGGAGACGGGCGUUAUCUUCAACGACGAAAUGGACGACACAUCUACGCCUGGCACGCCCAAUGCGUUUGGCCUCUACCCGAGCCCGUACAACUAUCCGCAGCCGGGCAAGCGACCAUUGUCGAGCAUGUCGCCUGUGGUGAUCGAGGAUGCGCAGGGUCGCUUCCAGGUCCUCCUCGGGGCUGCGGGCGGGUCAAGGAUACCCACGUCCGUCCUUUCCACGCUACUCAACAUGGACAUCAAGGGCAUGGACCUCUCGCAGGCCAUUGAGGCUCCCAGGCUUCAUCAUCAGCUCUUGCCCGAUGUAGUGGCAGUGGAGUCUACAUUUGACGAGUAUGAGCUCGAUGAAGGGUUAAGGGCACGCGGGCAUCAGUUGAAAAUCGACGAUAUCAACUUGGGCUAUGCGAGUGUGCAGGGGGUGCAGGCGCGGCGUGACGGAAAGGAGAGUCAAGAGGUCACGUAUCUGGCGAGUAGCGACUCGAGGAAAGCAGGGUGGGCUGCCGCGUAUUGAGGAAGGGAGACGCAGACAUGGACCCUGUUGUAUACGACUUCUGCCAACCAUUGCCUUUUGCUGAGCUUGUGAAAAAGCGUGCCGCGCGAUGUAUUGCUAUCUCGUGAGCUCGCCA